AUGGAGUCGCCAUUGUUGACCUUGGUCGUUGUAUGUUUGGGGGUUACCUUCAGUUUCUUUGCCCUAGUCGUGGAGUCCCAACAAAAUGUGAUUACUGAAUCACCACCACCACCUCCUCCGCCUCCACCACCAUCUCCUGACCAAUCUCCACCUCCACCAUCUCCGUCUCCACCUCCUCCGCCAUCUCCGUCUCCACCUCCUCCACCCCCUCCUCCAGCGCCACCUCUUCCACCUCUACGUCCUCCGCCCUCACCAAGAACACGCCCUCACCGUCCUUCCUUAAGUCCUCCCUCAAAUAACAAAACAGAAUCGUCUGCGGAGUCAGAGCGUAGAGGGCACAACAACGACGAGAAUCGUAACCCACAUGGCAAUAAGAAACCACCAUCGAAUCAAAAAGAAAAACUGAAUUUUGGGAGGAAAAUUGGCUUGGUGUUUGUGGGAAUCGUGGCCUGGUUGCAAGUUGGUGUGGUGGCGUUCUUGGUAAUCAAGAGGCGGCAAUUGUUGAAAAAUAGAGGCUGA